UGCGCGCGUGUGUGUGUGUGUGUCUGUGCUCAUGACCGGCUCCUGUUUAACAGCAGAGGUGUCACUCCGAAUCAGUCGAGCGGCAAUAUAUUUUAGUCGGUUGCGUAACGCUGUGUGGAAGCUUCGGGUCUUCUCGGCCACGGUCAUCCCCUCCCUUCUCUACGCUUGCGAAACGUGGACCCAGGAUAGAAACAUUUAGGCUGGCCUGUCUACGAUCCAUCCUGGGUUUAACUAGGCUGGAUUGUGUGAGGAGCUCACAAAUUCUUGAAAGAUCUGGGCAAAGUUCCAUCGGUGAGCUCCUGCGGCGGGCAAGGCUGCGUUGGCUGGGUCAUGUAGCUACACGGGGGAUCUUUGUAUUUGGAUCUAUGCUCUGUCAGAUUUUACUUUAUUACACUGCUGACCAACCAGCAAAGUAAUCGGCGUCACCGCUACAGUUAGUACAUGUGGCAAGGCCGCGUGUGGUGGGGUAAAGUGUGAGUACUCUCCUACCAACUUUUCCAAGCUGUUUGAAAAUCGUGGAAGAGUUGGCCCAAAAAAUACCCUCUAGAGAGCGGCCUUCAGUGGGAGGGCCCCUUCCGUGAGCAGUGUCGUGAGCGAGCAUUUGCAGGACUGCGCCUUUACAUUUUGUUUUGUCUGCAUAGACCGUACAGUGCAACAUAACAACGACGCAAUGCCCAUAUCCACAAACAUUCUAAGGAAACAGCGAUACGCUACUGCUGCUGCUGUUGACGCGGUUGUCUGGGCUUGACCACGGGAGUGUGACAUCGUAGUUUGUUGCUCUGCAUCGACAUCAGCAGCCAUACGACGACUACGACAAGAAGAAGAAGAAGCCGUGGACUGGACGAGCAGGGACCCGGGGAACUUCCGAAAUGAUUUGGGCAGUCCCCGAUUUACGGAGGUUUAUUCCGAAGACAAAGAUCCCCCGUAUAGCCUGAACAGACUGUUGGGGUAAGUGCUGUUUGCGAGCACCUAUGAAGGCCGGCACGGCACACGAGGGGGUGGGUGGCCAACACCACGCCCGACCGUCUUUGUCUCCCCCAGUGGCGAUGUUUACGAACCCGAUCACCACCUGGAGCUCAUGUGGCGCAAGAGCUGCGCCUCCCCGCCCACCUGCCUUGAGUCUAGCCCCUCCCCCCUCGUGACGCGCGAUUGGUUGAGAGCGGCUGAGGGGGCGUGACUUGCGCCCGCUAUAUAAAUGGGGCCCCUCGCGGGCGGGGCCGCAUUUCGUUGGGCGAGAGACUUUGUCGUCGCUCUGGUGAUUGCGCAACGUCCUCGGCGCUUCAAGGCGGCGGACGAUUCAUUAGCGGCAAUUAGCCCGCGGAGAGAGACGGCUUCCUGUCGAAGUGAAGGCCGGGGCCUCUUCAGCCAUGGCCAUCCUGUGUCUCGUCAGCCGGCCCGACUCGGUGGUGAUGGAGGUGGAGCUGGACGCGAAGGCGAAGGGGGAAGAUUGCGUGAAUGAGGUGUGUAGGCACCUGCGCAUCAUCGAGCGCGACUACUUCGGCCUCCAGUACGAGGGCACCAAGGGCGAGACGCUGUGGAUCAACCUGCGAAACCGCCUCGGCCCGCAGUUGAGCGGCGCCGCUCCGCACCGCCUGCGCCUCCGAGUCAAGUUCCUCGUGGAGCCUCACCUGCUGCUCCAGGAUGAGACCAGGCACCAGUUCUACCUGCACGUGCGAGAGGAGCUGCGGCUAGGCCGGCUGGUGUGCCGCGACGAUAGCGCCGUGAAGCUGGCGGCGUUAAUUAUGCAAGCCGAAUUGGGCGACUACCGCGCCCCGCACGGCGGCAGUAAUAACGACAACGCCGCCGCGGUCUACGACCGCCUGGGCGGCGCCGAUCCUGCCAGCGUGUCCGAGUCGCACCGCGCCCUUGUCGGGUGCUCGCGUGCCACGGCAGAAUACCGCGCUCUGCAGGAAGCGGCCGCCCUGCCGGGGUUCGGCGUGGAGUGGCACUCUGCGUGGGACGACGCCGGGCAACGUCGCUUGCUGGGCGUGGGCUGCGACGGUGUGGCGGUGUGCGACGCCGGCGUGGCGCUGUGCAGCGACGGUGCGACCCGCAUCCCCCUGCGACGAAUUCCGUUCCCCACAAUCCACGCAGCCACGCAGUCCAAUAAGCGCGUCGUGUUCUCGGUGCUGGGCGACGGUGCCGAGCCAGAGGAGACGAGGUUCCGGCUCGUGAGCAGCCACGCGGCAAACGGGCUGUACCGGGCCGUCACCGAGGCCCACGCCUUCUACCGGUGCGACACGGUGAACGACGCGGUCACAGCGCAGUACAGCCGCGACUUCAAGGGCCACCUGGCCUCGCUGCUCCUCAGCGAAGACAUCGACCUUGGCAAGAGAUUCGUGUUCGACAUCCGGCGAACCUGCAAGGAGGUGUACGACCAUUGCCGGCGCCAGCUCUACCACACUGCCGUGGUGGGCGACGAGGGGACACCCGGGCCGGCGGGGGGGGUCGCACCGGGGAGGGGCACACCGAGAGGGUGCUCCCCGGGGGCCAAAACCGUGGAGGACACCGGCACCUGCGAGCCGUGUCCCUCCCCCCUGGAGUCUCUGUCUGCGCCCCCCACGCCCGCCCAGCGCCGCUGCGACAUCCGGCAGCUGGAGGAGCAGCUGCGUGCGCUGCAGGAGGCGAUGCUGUGCAGCGCGUGCUGCCACGGGGACAUCGAUGCUGCGUUCUGCCCCUGCGGCCACAUGGUGUGCUGUCGCGGCUGUGCCGCGCGCCUCCGGGCCUGCCCCUUGUGCCGCUGCGAUGUGGACCGCGUGCAGCACGUCUUCCUGCCGGUGUGUCCCAAGCUUCUACGCCUCAACUCCGAGCUGUAGCCUCGCCACACGCCUUCGCCCUCGGCGCUCACCGCUCACCCUCGCCACUCGCCCUCGCCGCUCGACUCGACCUCCUCCACGUCUUUGCGUCGAACAAAGAAAACUAAAAAACUUCUUAUUCGACUGAAUUCCGCGCGGCCUUCUCCGUCGACUGGCCGGGUGAGAUCUCGAGAGACUCGUUUGCGAGAGUGGCCUGGGCAACGCGGCGAGACGCCCCUCCCCCAUCCAUGUCUGGCUGGUUCCAGGACUCGCGGCAUGUCGCCGUGCGUUUGCGAGAGACUUGGCGGCAGUGACGACGGUGGCGGCCGCCUUGCGGGGGAAACCGCUGCUAGGCGCGGCGGUUGUGUCGUGCUACGGAACCCGCCACUCUGCCGCCUUUGCGUCCAUUGCGGUCACGGCAGUCGUCCCUCCCAGGAGCUUGAACUGACGCAGUGCGUUUUUCAAGCGCGAACCGACCGAGCGCAAAGUGCCGCGAAGAGUCAGAGCGCUUCGUUUUGACGAGCGACGUCUCGAGAAAAGUCGCCGCAGAAGACAGAGGAAGAGUUCGGGAUAAGUGUGGAGAAAAUCCAUGGUCGCUUCUUGCCUUGACGUGGUUCAGUUUCAUUUAUUUGGAAUAACUCUGUGAGCCAUUUGGCUCUUGACUCGGGUGCAACUGCAACAAACAAUAAAAUUACAAGAUACAUUUAAAAUUUACUGUAUGCAAAUUGAAACAUCCGCUAGAAAAACAAUAAAAUCUUCCAGAAAAAGCACCAUUUGUAGUGGGCCCUGUGCCCUCCCAACUCCCACCAGUUUGCGUCCGUCGGCACCGUGGGAAAUACUCAACCUGGGCGUCUGGCUGUCUCACACCAGCAGGCGUCGGGAAGAGACGCCAGAGAGAGACACGGGAGCCGUCGCUGGUUCCGUUCUUCCUGAGUUGAUGUGCUUUCACCGGCCUUGUCCAGGAGAUGACGGGAACCCCUCUGAAGCUGAUGUUGUCGGUGUGUCGCGUCCACUCUCUCUACCAGAGCCACCCUCCCAUCACGAGUUUGUCCGUGCCCGGGCCGUCCCGUGUGUAAUACAAAACGAUCUUUCCGCAUCAUCACGGAGAACGUGAGGAACAAUAAUAAAUCGCCGGACAAUUCGCCUCCUUCCCGUAUCCGGCUCUCUCCACAAGCAAUACAAAUGCUUUCACACAUCCCAUCAGCUACGAGGUAUUCCUUCUGGUUGUGUGUAUCAGAAUCAGAAUAUUUAUUUAUACUGAAGGAAUCCAAUGAGCUAUAAAGCUCUUUUGCACAGAUGGCAGAAAGUUAAAAUAACAAAUGAUACAAAAACACCAAUAGUGAAAAGAAUAGGAAAGGUAAACAAAUCGCUUAAAUAAAUAUACAAAUACAACUAAACUAGUUUUAUUUUACCAGGCAAAGUCCACUGAGCUAUUAGCCUAUUAUUCAGAAGUGACCUGGCCACAAAUGAUAGCUCAACCAAGUGGCUUAUCAAUCCGGAAAUUUAUAGCGGCAAAGUAAUCUAAAUAAUCUGCACCGUUUUCAACAUUCAAUGUCUCAUCAGGGUUUUUGUAAACCAAUGCACUGCACUGCCCAGACCGUCUCUGUCAUUCGUUUGAUUAACGGAUAGCGGACUCUACUUCAUCACUCCAUCACUGGCGAGGAGAUCACCUCCAUGACGGUAUCCACGCUGCCUCCCCCUCACAGGUUGGCUUCGCGGUGCCACCCGCAGUGGCGGAACUUGAGCCGAGCCGCAUUGACGAUCGACCAAUUCACGAAACUAUAAACACGCUACCGAUUCCCACAGAGAGAGAUCGUGGCAGCUGGCGAAACAACGCGACGGACAAAUCCACUGUCGUGCGCUGCUGUUACAGGGGCCCCCUCGGCCUGCGUUCUGACUUCGGUGGCCAAGACGCACGCGUGACUAUUAACAUUUCUUUUUUAUUUGGUUCACAUUUUUAUUGCGUUUUGUGCGUGGUUCCUGAUUUCUGAGUCGCGCACAAAAGUCUUAGACUCAUUUUUAUUAAAGUAAUUUUGUUUUACUGAACCUGGGGCGCCGCUUCCAACCGGGUUCCCUCCUCGCAGGCAACUUUUGGUGUCGCCACGCCGAGCAGCCUUCGGGUCGUGUCCGCGACUGCUGCGCGUCUAGCCGUCUCAGGUGGGGUGUGACACGCGUCCGCGGCGCCAUUUUGCCACAUAGACGUCACGUUUGUGCCACUUGGCGAUCGCCCAGAGUGGAGCGUGGAGGGAGCCGCGGCGUUGGGAGUCUCUUCUCUCGGCAGAACAAUUCCCGACGGGGUUUUUACGACGUUCUGGUUCCAUUCGGUGGUCAGUGUCACGGCAGAAUUGCUGGGUAUGGAAGCUGUUCAUCCAGCAGCUUAUGUUCACCGACUCGCAUGCGCACACUCACACGCUCGCUCUCACGCAGACACUCGCACACUCGCUCGCACGCACACUCCGUUACACGCACGCUCUCACACGCACCCUCGCAUACACCCUCACACAGAUUCACACAUGCAGCCUCACACACUCCCCUCAGAUUCGCACGCACAGUCACCCAUGCGCAGUCUCGCCCCCGCAACCUUCCCACUCACUGCCGUUUCCCCUCUGCGGAAACGUCGCGGCAUAGGAAUGGGAGCACGCUCUCACCACCACGCUUGGGUGGUCACGUGACUAUUGCCGUUGCUUGGUCACGUGCUGGUUCUGUGGUCACGUGACGAUUGCUAGGAUUGUUAUUGCCGUCGACCCGGGGUGGGGGGGGGGGCAAUGGCUCCCGGUCGGGGCAGCUGCUAAACCCUUCAUCCCAUCCGCCGCGCUUGCCCCGUUCCUUCUCUUUUGCGAUGCACACUUCCACUGUUACACUUCUCGGUCCUCCCUUGGCUCGGCAGAGCCUCUUGCAGGACACUGUGUUAUUGUUUUAUUGCCAAUGUGUUUUUUUGUUUUUAUAUUUAACGGUGUAAUAAAGUUCACUUUAGCCUUUUCAAGAUGUGA